UCAUAAAUAUUAUUUGACAUUUACUUUAUUGGAACGAUUUGAGGUUACAAAAAUAUAAAAACAACGACUAUCGAAUCGAAAGAUGUCUAAAUCAGUUGCUAGAUUAAAAUCCAUGAAGAAAGUAGCUGAUAAAAUAGACCAUUCGUCCAAAUUAAGAACCAAUGUACCGGCAGGUAUGGCCGCUGCUGGACCACCUUUAGGUCCUAUGCUGGGGCAGCGUAAUAUAAACAUAGCAGCCUUUUGCAAGGACUUUAAUGAACGCACUGCUAACAUAAGGCCAGGGAUACCUUUGCCUACAAGAGUCAAAGUGAAUUCUGAUCGAUCUUAUCAACUUACUAUUCAUCAACCACCAGCUUCGUAUUUCAUAAAACAGGCUGCUGGUGUCAACCGAGGGGCUAUGUAUCCUGUUAAUGAGAUAAGUGGAAAAAUAACACUGAAGCAUAUAUAUGAAAUUGCAAAAAUUAAAUCACAGGAUCCACCUUUAGAAUGGAGGCCAUUAAAAGAAAUAUGCACAAUGCUUAUAGCUACAGCAAGAACAUGUGGAAUUGAAGUUGUCAGAGACCUAGAUGCUAAGGAGUAUGGUGAAUUCCUUCAAGAAAGAAAACAAAUAGUUGAAGAACAAAAGAAAAUGUUGCAAGAAAAGAGAGAAGCUAAAAUGUUGAGAACAGCAUAGAUUUUUGUAAAAUAAAUAGAUAUAAUUAGUAGGUAUUGUAAAUUUAGAUCAAAUAAAAACCACAUUAUUUGUUA